AUGGCAAAAUACUUCUCAAUAGCAUCAAGUUCUAUGGCAGUAAGUGAAUUGCGUCUGAAAGGAAAAGACCGAAGUUCAAAUGUGUCCAGAAAUUUACCAUACUACAUGGAAUAUUAUGGAAAUUACGCUACAAAGAUAAACUCUUCGGAAACUGAAAGAUAUGCGGUCAAACAUUAUUUUAUCUCACGUCGAUUAGAAAUUACGUGGAUGAUGUCGAACUUUUGUUGCAAUGCUUUUGGAAUGCAACUAACCAGUUUCGAAGACCUUGAUGAAUUAAAUUACUUCGUUAAAAAUACUGCUGGCAAAAAUUUGGAACUUUUGGAUGAUUGCGUGUUUUUACAAUUUGAAAAAGUUGCUGAUAACAGUUCAGAGAUAAGAUGCCCAUCGUUCUGUCGACCAAUAAAAAUGGAAGCUGAUUUUAAAUACGAUGACUGUGUUGCGUCACAAGACCGUGGAUUUAUGUGGAUUUAUGAGGAAUUAGAUGCUUCAGAAGCACUUGAAUAUUUACCUGGAAAGACAAAGGCUAAGACAACAUUUCUUAAUUAUCUUGGAGUUAAUUUAGAAACAGCAAAAAAGUAUUACUUGAGUCAUAAUACUCAUUAUUUGGAACUACAUACAGCUCAAACACUUUGCCUUAUCUUUAACCUGACCUUAGCGAGAACUGAAACUGAAAAGGAAAUGAACGCGAUUAAAAAUCUUCUCAAACUAAUCUUCCUUUCUCAAAAAUACAUGUUAGCAAGCAAUGACAGAAUUUAUCGAAGGGAUGAUCCAAAGGAAGAUCCAACAAAAGAACGUUGUCGACGCAUUUCAAAAGAAGGAGAAAAUUCUAUUUAUUUUCAACAAGGAGAUUGUUAUGAAAGAUUAAAUGGAUUUAUUUGUGAAUUUGAUCCAUCUAACGAUUUGACAUUUCAUCUAUUGAAACUAAUCAUGAAGACGUCCGCAGGUGAAACAAAACAAUUAUUCAUGAGCACAGCACAAAUGAAAUGGAAUUACGCAGUUCUAGCUUGUAAAAUGCACGACAUGAAGAUUUUGAUGUCUGAAUCUAGAGAAGAAGAAAGUGCAAUGAGAGAAGCUUUGAAGGACAUCGAUAAGAAAGUUAAUCUGACAGAAUAUAUAACACAAUCUGAAAUGGGAGCAUUUAAGAUUAUGCCAUCUUUUUAUAUUGGUGCAACAUCAAUAGGAAAGAAAUAUUUUUAUUCGAUCAAUACUGGAGAAAUGUUGGAUUUUCCAUGGGAAUCUAAAACCUUCAAGGAAAAUUCUGGUCAGUACACUCCCCACUAUGAUGAUGCUGAUGAUGAAGAAAAAUCUUGUCUUAUUGAUUAUAAAUUGAGUUUGAAAAAGAUUGCAAAAAGAGAAGACAAAAUGACACAAUAA